GAUUUUAAUUUUUAACGAUGUAAGAGAAAAGUAGCUGAAGAAAAUAACACCAGUUUAGUCAGCGAGUGACUGAGUGAUGAGCAUGAAGAUGAAAAUGGAGGAGCAAGAAAAUCUAAACCUAAUCCCCCCAACAGCAACCCUAGAAAUAGACAAAGACCUCACUCUCCUACCACGCAUCAAACUCAACCUCACCGUACACCCUUCCACACCUUCAUCCUCCAUAACAAACCAAAUCGACGAAUGGAAAACCAAACGAGCCUUACUCGAUUUUCUCCAAACCUCUCAUUCUCUUCCCUUUCCUCUCCCCGAAGAAGAUCUUCAAUUCAAACGCUUCAACAAAGACCUCAAAAAGCGUAAACGUGAAGAUCCCGUCGUUUACGGUACACUCCACAUCUGGGACCUGUCGUUUUUGAGUGAGAAGAAUGAAAACGACGUUGUGAAAUGGAGGAAUGGUCUUGUUGAAAAAUUGAACGGCGUUGAGUUGAAUCUUCAAGGGGUUAGGUUUAGGCUCGAGGUUGAUGUUCCUGAGUGUGAUGAUUUUGAUGGGAUGAAGAAGAAUUGGGAAGAGUUUUAUGCUUUUCGGAAUGUCAAUCGGAGUUCCAAGCGCGAACCGGAUACGGUUGUUGUUAGUGGUGUGCCGUCGCGGUGGUUCGCGGAGACUAGGGUUUCUUCUAAACCUUCUAUGCUUGUUACUCAUACCAUUUUUUCAAAGUUUGGCAAGAUAAGCAAGCUUGAGUAGAUUUGGCCUAUCAUCUCAACUCAAGGUUUAGCCAUGGUAGACUUAUUGAUGCAAGCUUGGGGAAUGUUUGGCCUUGAGGUGUGCAUGCAUCACUGCCUCAACAACUGGUUUUUCAAUGCACAUGGAUGAAUCCUAUUGAACCCUUCUUCCAGUUCAGCAUAUG